AUGGUCAAGCGCAACGUUAUUGCAGCGGUGGUUAAGGAGAAUGGUGAAUUAUCCACUUCCUCAUCUCAAGUGUUUGAGGAGUUUAUUAGAUUUUAUGAAAAUCUCUUGAGGACAACCGCUCCUGGUGAUCUGAUUGACCCUGCUAUUCUGUCUUUUAGUGCGAAGCGUUUCAGCGAGCAAACCAGUAGGCUGAUGGCCCCUGUUGAUGAUCAGGAGAUUAAGAAUGCUUUAUUCCAUAUAAGGGAUGACAAAGUCCUUGGCCCUGAUGGUUACUCAACAUGCUUCUUUAUGAAGGCAUGGCACAUUGUGGUAUCCCAGCUCUCCCUUACAAUUAAGGAAUUCUUUGAGUCUAGCAAGUUACUUAAGCAGAUCAACCACAUAGCUAUUGCACUCAUUCCUAAAUCAUGUCAUGCAAUGUCAGUGGGAGAUUUUUGUUCGUUCUCUUGUUGCAACGUGGUUUAUAAAAUCAUUGCCAAGAUCUUAGCUGCCAAGUUGGUGUCGCACCUUGCUGCCAUUAUUGAUGCGGCUCAAUCUGCCUUCGUUCAAGGCCGUAGCUUGGCUAAGAAUAUCCAACUCGCCCAAGAUCUUUUAAGAAAGCACUCAAGGAAAAGGAUCUCACCUGGAUGUUCUAUCAAAGUGGAUCUCCAUAAGGCUUUUGAUUCUAUUUCCUAG